UGUUGGAAUCAAUUUAGCUAAAUGCAAACUUAAAUCAAGCUGUAAUUCAAACUAGAACAUGUAACAUAGUUUUGCUCACGCUCGAUGCAAGAUCGAUUAAUGCCAAUUUCAUGUAGCGCUAUGAAGUCCAUCGCAGUAGACUCUACAUGCUCGGCUCAAUUUGGAAAGAGGCUUGAAACUGUUGUCAAGCCAAUUUCAAUUCAAACUCGAUCACACCGGAGGCGGUCAGAUCACUUAAUCGGUGCAAAUGGAGUGCUACCUUCCGAUUGGUCUCCGCGGAUCUCCUCCUCCUCGGCUUCCUUGAACCCGGCCGGCUUGGACGGCGAUGCCGAAACGGAGGAGCGAGCCCCGCCCUUCCUCGGCCACUUUUAUUGCGCCGGCGACCUCGACACCGACGCCGGCGAGUGGGUCCCGCCCUUCUCCUUCCCCUCCUUCCUCAGGUAUGCAUCUUGCAAACCAUAAGCGAAGAAAAUUCCAAAAUGUGGAUCAAAGUUCCUCUUGCAAGCCUGAGAGUGCGAGCUUAUAUUCACCCAAACUUUUGAAAGGAAUGGAUGAUAGGAAGUAUGGGAGUGUGACCAAAGAAUAUGAAACUCUUCAUGCUCAGCGGGUUCAAAUGAUUAAUUUUCUACAAGCUCAGCAGUGUCCACUUGGUGAUCCCUGUUCAAGUCCAGGACUCAAGUCUUCUCAGUCUGUCUCAAUUGCUUGCUUUAAUCCAUCAAGUGAGUGUGUUGAAGGUAAUUCUGAUUCCACAAUGCAAAAGAAAAUGCGACACAUUACAAGUGGUAGCUCAUAUCUUUGCCCCAAAACCAAAGAACAUAAGAAUAAGACGUCGGUGAUAAUUAUUGAUUCUGAUGACGAAGAUGGAGUUUGCCGGAAAGGUACCAAGAAUUCUUGCAUUUCUGAAUGUCAGGUCCACGAGUUUCAAGCAUGGCUAUCAUCAGAAUUACAUUUAUGUUUGAGGCAAGCUGGCUUAUUAGCAUGGGAUGGUCAUUCUAAUCAGCCAGCAGCCAGUGAGCGGAAAAAUGUCAAAUUUGCCCAUGAUUUUGCUGCUACAGGCAAAGUGCCACCUUCUGUUCAGUAUGAGGCAGUUGUCUUAAGCAAAGUGAUGGAGAAGCAGCCAAUUCAAGAUCUUGAAAACCAGAAAUAUGAGGUCAGAAAAGGUCAAAAGGAAGAAGCUGAAACUUUCUGUAGCGAAGAUAAUGUGGCAAAAGAAUCUGAUGCUAGUUCAUCACCUGUUUCUUUUGGUGGCAGACAUGAUCAUAAAUCAAUCAUGGAACAUCAUGAUCAAGAUGUUAAGGGAGUUUCUGACAAUGAUGGUCUAGAAGAUCUUUGGAAAGAUAUGUCGCUGGCUAUAGAAUAUUCAAAGGGUGUUACAUCAUUGGAUGGAUCAGAACCUGUACUGGAAGUGCAACAAUGUAACCAUUCCUUUUUGCUUGAGGAUGACUUGGGUCUUGUGUGCCGGAUUUGUGGAGUAAUUGAGAAAAGCAUUGAGACCAUUUUUGAUUACCAAUGGAUGAAGGGACCUCGGGCAAUUAGGAUGAGCAUGUCUGGGUCAAAAAAAUCUAAAGAUGUAGAUGGACUUAAAUAUUCUGAAUCUAAGAUCUCUGAACAUGAACUUAUAGCUGCUGAUAUUUCUAUUCAUCCAAGACAUACAAAACAAAUGAAGCCCCAUCAAAUGGAAGGUUUUAGUUUCUUGGUCAAAAACUUGGUGACAGAGAAACCGGGGGGCUGCAUAUUAGCACAUGCUCCAGGAUCUGGUAAGACAUUUGUGCUCAUUAGCUUUAUUCAGAGCUUCUUGGCAAAGUAUCCCUUUGCAAGACCGUUGGUUGUUCUUCCCAAGGGGAUUUUAGAAACAUGGAAGAAGGAAUUUAAGCACUGGCAAGUGGAAGAUAUCCUUCUGUAUGAUUUCUACUCCUUGAAGGCUGAUAGUAGAUCUCAGCAGCUGGAUGUUUUGAAAAGUUGGGAAGGGAAUAGGAGCAUCCUGUUUUUGGGUUAUAAGCAGUUUGCAAAUAUUGUUUGUGGUGGUGUUGUUGACAGUAUAGCGGCUGCAUGCCAGGAAAAACUGCUGAAGGUACCAAGCCUUCUGAUUCUGGAUGAAGGCCACACUCCUAGAAAUGAAAAUACCGAUGUGCUGCACUCGCUUGCAAAAGUUCAGACACCACGUAAAGUAGUACUAUCAGGAACCUUAUUCCAGAAUCAUGUAAGAGAGGUUUUUAAUAUAUUGAACCUUGUAUGCCCAAAGUUCCUGAAGAUGGAGUCUUCUCGUGCUCUUGUUAAGCGCAUCUUGAGCAGGGUAAAAAUAUCAGGUAAUAGGAGGUUGUCUAGGAAUGGUACUGAUAAUUGUUUCUAUGAUUUGAUUGAGGAAACUCUGCAGAAUGAUGACAGCUAUAAGAGGAGAGUUACAGUAAUACAGGACCUCCGUGAGUUAACAAAGAAUGUGCUUCAUUACUAUAAAGGUGAUUUCUUGGAGGAACUUCCUGGGCUUGUUGACUUUACUGUACUUUUGAAUCUCAGUUCCAAGCAGAAAGAAAUUGUCAGAGAGUUAGGAAAAUUUGAAAAGUUCAAGCGAAGUUCUGUGGGAAGUGCCAUCUAUAUCCACCCAAAGCUCAAGGAUAUUUCAGAAAAUGCUGCGGGAGACAGAGAUAGCAUUUUCAGUGAUGAGAAGUUUGAGAAUAUCUUAGAUUCAAUGAAUGUAAGAGAUGGUGUGAAAACAAAAUUUUUCCUCAAUUUAUUGUCUCUGUCUGAGUCUGCUGGAGAGAAGCUAUUAGUGUUUAGCCAUUACCUUCUCUCAUUGAAGUUUUUGGAGAGGUUGGUAAUUAAUAUGAAGGGUUGGCGUUUGGGGAAGGAGAUUUUUAUGAUCUCUGGCGAUUCAAGUUCUGAGCAUCGAGAGUGGUCCAUGGACCAAUUUAACAAAUCCACUGAUGCCAAAGUUUUCUUUGGUUCAAUCAAGACCUGUGGGGAGGGCAUAUCUCUUGUAGGUGCAUCACGGAUUGUGAUUUUGGAUGUUCACCUGAACCCUUCAGUUACCCGUCAAGCAAUUAGCCAUGCAUUUCGACCUGGCCAAAAGAGAAAAGUAUACACUUACAGAUUAGUGGCUGCUGAUUCCCCAGAGGAAGAAGAUCAUAGCAUGUCCUUCAGGAAAGAGCUGAUGUCCAAGAUGUGGUUUGAGUGGGAUGAAUAUUGUGAUCAUCAAGAAUUUGAGUUAGAAACGGUUGACAUUUCAAACAGUCAGGAUAUGUUUCUAGAAAGCCCCAAUUUGAGAGAAGAUGUGAAGCUGUUGUAUAGAAGGUGAAUCCCCAUGACUUAUUCACAGGACUUUUGACUUCUGAUAUCUUAGCUGACUGUUGCAACUGACUUGUUACAGUAUGAAUCACAAUCUAAAGGGACUGAUGAAAAUUGGCAGCUGCACUUUAUGUUUUGUGACUAUAGAUGCUUUUUUGAAGCUGUUUGGGGGCUGAUCAAUUGAAUGCAGAUGGUGAAUGUUGUCAACACUGUGUAUCUGUAUAGCUUUUUGGUUGUUAAUCAUUCUGCAAACCAUACAUGUGCUACUUCAUAUUAUGUGCCCAGUUUGAUGAGUUUGCCAUCUAAAGGUAUAGAGAGACUUCGAUAUGACAGCUUCAUUCAACCUUCUGCUGUAAAUAAUGCAUAAAUUUUUUCCAUGUUGAAAGAUAUAGCCUGUGCCGUGGUUUCCCGUCGCAUGCUUAUAGAUAUCUAAGGAAAUUUCUAGUAGUUUAUUGAAAAUGUUGCAGUAAAUCUAAAUACAAUCUGAAUACUUUUGAGUGCA